UGUAAUAAAAACAACCAUAUACCACUGUAAAACCAAACCAAACAUUGUUUAAAAAAAUCAUUAAAAACCCCCCAAAAAUUUUUUUCGCCUGCAGCGCAUCAGGUUGCACCCCCCUGUUCAAAUCCUGGCUACGGGCCUGGGUAUAGUGACAGGUAGAUGAUUCAUGAUUAAUUCUCUCACUAAAAGAAAAAAUAUUUAAAAGUAAAUUAAAUUAUUAAAACUUAAGUACAGGACACGACGCUGCCUUGUCCUGUAAGUAUAGCAUAUUAUAGAUAUUUAGACCAUUUAAAAAAAAUUCAACUUUUUAAAAAAUAGUCCUUCCAUGUUUUCUAAAAAAUACAAAAAAGCACAAAUUCAAAUAUUAUUUAUUGAAAACCAAAAUGCGGGAAGUGGAGACAGUAUGGCGGAUGCUCGGAGACGAAGCAAGGGUCACUGAGCAGGGCCUGGCGGUCAUUCUACAAAUCUGGAGGUUCGGAGGUCAUUUUUGCGGGGCUCAUGGCGCCUCUUUACCACUCCAUCCCUACUCCAGCCGGCCUGGACAAAACAAAGUUAGAGAUGAAGAUAAAAUAUACCAUUGGACCUUAGAAACCUUAUCAUAGAGCUUACACACCAUAGGAGAUCAUGAAAAUAAUAUCAGUCCUGUGGAAAAAAGUCCUUGAAAUAGAAAAUCUCUGGAAAGAAAAAGUCCUGCCAUUUUGAGACUUUAUUUUCUAGGAUUUUUUUCUGAUUCUCGUUUAAUUUUUACAGUUACACCCUAAGUAAUCAAUAAACAUCGAAAGAAUUUAUCAAAUGUCGUAUUCUUCACUUUCUGAUAGUGACUAUGUAAAAUAGUACAAAAACCCAUUGAAAAAUUGUCAAGACGUCGUAAGUGUAUUUUUCUAAUUGUUAAAUACGGUUAAAUACAGUUUAUUUUUGUCCCUUUUGCCCAACAGAAUGUUUUCAUCAGUAUUCAGUAAAUAUAUUCAUAUCAUUUCACUGAAAUUUAAAGAUAAUCCUGGGUGUUAAAAAAUCCUUUGAUCUAAUUGUGUUUACGGAAAUAAGAAGGAUUAUGUUCACCUCUAAUCCUCUCUCCCAGCUGUAUAUAAACAGUAGAUAUCUAGGUAUAGAUACCAGUUACAGGGUAUGCAUGUAUUUAUGUGUCUUCUUUACCUUCUCAGUAUUACUGAUCUCUCACACAACUGUUUUAUAACUAACUGCCCUCUCAAGGUUCAAGGGCGAGGCACACGAGGUAAACGUGGGGCUCCUGAGGACAGGAUGUGUCCAUCAUGUGGACCUAAUCAUGACGGACAAUGCUUCGGUGAGGACCUGUGCUGUGGACCCUUCGGGUGUAGAUCUGGGGAUCUUUAUGCAGAUUCAUGCAGGAGGGAAGCUUUGAACGUUGACCCCUGUGUGCCUAAUGCUAAACCAUGUGGAGAACUGUUCAAUGGAUACUGCACACUUCAAGGGCUUUGCUGCGUCGAAGGAAUUUGUCGUAAUGACAUGAAAUGUUUCGAUGAAUCAAUCCUGAAGCCUGCAUCAGCUCCUGAAGACAUCAACUACCUAACAUUUUCCCCUGCUGAUGAAAGCACGGAUUACAAAAGUCAAAAUUUUGAAGAUGUCGUCUAUUUCUCCGACAAUUCUUUGGAUGAAGAUGAGGAAAUGAAUAAGAAUAUGUUCUAUGACUAUCCUGACCUAGAAUAUGACAGUAAUAUGGUUCAGUUUGAUCCCUUCUCUGCCCUCACAGCUUCGCAAGUAAAGUUUGAAGAAAAAAGAGGAAAUGAGAAAAAGACCACUGACAAAUCUGACAAACGAAUCUUCGGACGAAUUGGACGGGCUGAUAAAUCUAUUUAUGGACGGAUUGGACGCUCGGACAAAAAUAUUUAUGCACGAUUGGGCCGCGCUGAUAAGAGCAUCAAUGGCCGGAUUGGACGAGCUGACAAAAGCAUUUAUGCCAGGAUUGGACGCGCUGACAAGAGCAUCUACGGCCGGAUUGGACGUUCUGAUAAGAGUAUUUUCGGUAGAAUUGGACGAAGUAUAAAUUCUGAUAAGCACAUUUUUGCGAGGUUAGGAAGGUCGAAAAAAGAUUUAACGAGUGAACAAUACUUGCAUUCAACAAUUAAAAGUUCAGAAUCAAAAGCAAGUGCCGAGAAGGAUACCAACAGAAAACUACAAAAUAUUACCCUUCCGCAGACCAAACCAACAUGGAAAAAAACUCAGAGGUCAGGAACCAAGGAGUAUGAAUAUGGAAGGAUGAAUCCAUGGUUCUACAUUUACUUCCAUCCUCAGCAAGGUCUAAACUUCAGAAAAUGGCAGAAAAUUGUAAAAGCAUCGCGUCUUGUUAAAAUGUAAUGUCAUCGGUCGGUAUCGAUCAAAUUGAACUUUAAUCAUAAGAGGCUGGAUUUUUAUAAACUCUGCUUAGAAAUAGUCAUCAUCAUAAAUCAAAUUUUUUUCAAUUGCAAAGAGGAGGUGCACUUUGAUAAAAGUUUGUUAGUGAUAAAAAAAUGUUUUAAAAUUUGCUAUAGCUAAAUAAAGAAUACACCAUUGUAUUAAAAA